AUGUUUACUGCUACCAACAUUGUUCUCAAUAAUAUCAUUGAAGACGGGACAACUUAUGCACAAAGAGGUGACGCUUAUGGUGUUAGUAAAAUAUUAUUGUCAUUUGAAUUUGUUUUCACUUUGCACUUGACGAAAGAGAUUAUGGGAAUCACUAAUGUUCUUUGCCAAGCACUGCAACAACAAUCUCAAGAUAUUCUUAAUGCAAUGCAUAUUGUUUCUACAUCAAAGUUACUUCUUCAGCAAUUAAGAGAUGGUGGAUGGUGCAAUUUUCUUGCAAAUGUUAAAGAUUUUUGUGAAAAGCAUGAAAUUAAAGUCCGUAAUAUGAGUGCACAAUAUGUUUUUGGAAGAGGUCGAUCUCGUCAACCAAGUGUGACAGUUGAGCAUCAUUAUCGAAUAGAUGUAUUCUUGGCAAUAAUUGACUCUCAAAUAUAA